AUCGAAUUUGGAACAAUUGAUAGAAGUCGGCAACCAUAUGGAGGAUGCUCUGCUCUGGGAAUGCGCACUUUGAGUAUUUCACCUCAUUGCAUUUACAAGGGCUGUGCUUGUCGAAAUCCACCACUCUCACCAUACCCAAUUGCAAAUAAU